CAGUGACGCAUGAGUGUUGGCCGAGUGUCAGUGCUAGUUAGCUAUGUACGCAUGCGCAGAACACAGCAGUUUGAAGAAUUUCCCGCGAAGGGCAAAUCAUAAACUUGCCUGUUUCCAUGGAGUGGCUUUGAUGAUUUGAUGCCAAUCAUUAUGAAGCCGGUUAGAGGAUCUGGAAGAAAAUCUACCAAAGCCCCGCAAGGCAGAGGACGGAGUACAAAAAAUGUUCCGACAACCUCUGAGGAGCCUGGUACCAGCAGUGAAGGAGUGAAGCAACAGCAGGUGAAGAAAAGGAAAAGGCCUCCAUCAUCAGCUGACAUAAACAAGUUCAGAGGCCGAGAGAAAUGGAAAGCGUUGGCCCAGCCUAUCAUUGCGGCCCUAGAUAAGAUGCUAGGGCUGUCAGUGCUCUCUGUCCUGUCAAUGAGAAUAAAGGAGAAAGAGGAGACUCAGAAACAUCUGAAUAUUUUGAAAGAAAGAUUCCUGGACCGCUGUGUCCAGCUCACAGUGCCCCCACGGAAACAAGUGGACCUGGGGCACGUGUCACGGCAGUACCAGGCAGAGAGCUUGAAGGCGGAAGAGGGGGAAAAGAGACUCGGAGCACUGACGGAGAACCACAGGUCUGUGGUCAGCACCCUGGAAGAGUUGGAGGUGACGAGAGACAGAAUGGACGAGGAAUGCAGGCUUCUGAGAUCCAGGAUGGAGGAGCAGGAGGAGAAAUCACACGAGGUUCUACAGAGGAGAGAGCAGACGGUUCUCCAUCUUCCUCCCCUGCCUCCUCGCUCUGAAACGGAACAGCCGCUGCAGGAGAGGCUGAUGAAGUUAUUGCCAAACAGGGAUGCUAUGGUGAAAUCGCUGCAGAACAUGCCAGAAAUCCAGCAGCUGAAUACUUUUAUGGAGCUUGCGCAUGAACACACCGACCAGCGCCUAGCCGCCCUCAACAGCCAUAAAUGAUUCAACCAC